AAAAUAAAGUAAGGUGGAUAAGCUAAGCUGGCAAUUUCUUUGUUUUGUUAUGCGCGUGUUUGUCAACUAAACAUGUUACGUAUACUACUACAAAGAUUUAAGAAUGUCACGAACGUAACAGCAUUGGUCUUCCCAUCUUCCUUUCUCUGUUUUCUUUCUCACACACACACAUAUACUGAGUACUGUGAAAGUGUAUUUAUUAAAAAAGCUGCUCUGCACCAGUCAGAAAUAUAUAAAAAUCUCACCUAACAGUAGUUUAUGUAAAAACACUCCUCUUUUUUAAUCUUUCUUUUGUGUAUUGUGUAUUGUUGUAUGUGCCCUAGAUCCACAAACAUGCUUUCUCCUCCACUCAACUUUGUGUACUAUAUACAUUAGUAUUUGCACUGUUUCAGUGAUUUAAGGUUGUACAUUUUGUAUACUGCAGUGUGUGUGUAUGUGAGCUGUUUCUUGGUAUUUGUAGAGUGUUAAUGUUCUUGUUGAAGUUGGUUUCAUUGAUAUUGGGAAGUGGCUGGAGGUUUAUUGGUGAAAAGAUGAGAUUUUGGGAGGUGGGGUUUGUUUAAUUUUUUGAUAAUUUGGUUGUUUGCAGUGAUUGGGAAGUGGUGUUUUCUUGAAAAUGAGGAGGUGUAGUGGUUUUCUGAAGUGUUAAUGUUCUUGUUAAAGUUUGGUUUCUUUGAUAUUGGUAAGUAGGUGUUGGUUUAUUGGUGAAAAGGUGAGAUUUUGGGAGGUGGGGUUUGUUUGAUUUUGGUAAUUUGGUUGUAUUGCAGUAAUUGGAAGUGUUGUUUUAUUGAAAAUAAGGAGGGGUAUUGGUGGAAAGGUGUGAUUUUGGGAAGUUAAUGCUCUUGUUAGAGUUGGUUGCUUUAAUAUUGGAAAGUGGUUGUAGAAGUUUAUUGGUGAAAAGAUGAGAUUUUGGGAGGUGGGGUUGCAGUAUUGCUGAUUUUUAGUGGCUGUACAUUUAUACACUCUGUGUAUAUGAACUGUUUUCUUGGUUUUCUGAAGUUUACGUGUUCUUGUUAAAGUUGGUUUCUUUGAUAUUGGUUAGUGAGUCUAGGUUUAUUGGUGAAAAGAUAAGAUUUUGGGAGGUGGGGUUUGUUUGAUUUUGAUGUUGUACUGUAGUAAUUGGGAAGUGUUGUUUUCUUGAAAAUGAGGAGGGGUAUUGGUGAAAAGGUGUGAUUUUGGGAGGUGGGGUUGUAGUGUUGAUGCUUUUUUUAGUUUAGUAUUUUUGGGAUGGGUUGUGUUUGUGGCAAGCCUUCUGCCAUUGAAGACAGUCGAGAUAGUCCAAGGGAGAGACUGUCAAAUAAAAGUGCUGCGAGUUUGCGAGGGCCAAGACCUGGUUCAUCAAGAAGAGAGGAAGCUUAUAGGAGCAUUGAUGGGAAGGCAAUGUUGAUUGAUAAACAAGUAAAUGGUACAGUUAGGUUGCAGACUGAGAAUUAUGAGAGGAAAAGGGAGAAACAAGAGUUUAUUGUUGCCACUCAUCAUCAUCAUCUUGGCAUUGGGACAUUACCAAAAAGUAGUGAAGGGGAACAGGUUGCUGCUGGAUGGCCACCAUGGCUUGCUGCAGUUGCUGGUGAAGCUAUCAGAGGAUGGGUGCCUAGGCGAGCUGAUUCUUUUGAGAAAUUGGAUAAAAUUGGCCAGGGUACGUACAGCAACGUUUAUCGUGCUCGUGAUCUUGAUCAAGGGAAGAUUGUUGCUUUGAAGAAAGUGAGAUUUGAUAAUCUAGAACCUGAGAGUGUUCGAUUCAUGGCUAGGGAGAUUCACAUAUUACGGAGGCUUGAUCAUCCAAACAUAGUAAAACUAGAAGGUUUAGUUACUUCUAGGAUGUCUUGCAGCCUGUACCUUGUAUUUGAAUACAUGGAGCAUGAUCUAGCAGGGCUAGCAUCACAUCCUGGUCUUAAGUUUACUGAGUCACAGGUCAAAUGUUACAUGCAACAACUUUUACGUGGACUUGAUCAUUGUCACAGUCGUGGUGUUUUACAUCGUGAUAUAAAAGGUUCCAACCUUUUAAUUGACAAUAAUGGCAUAUUAAAGAUCGCUGACUUUGGUCUAGCAAGCUUUUUUGAUCCUCAUCAAAGCCAGCCUCUUACUAGCCGUGUAGUGACUCUCUGGUAUCGGCCUCCUGAACUGCUACUUGGUGCUACUUACUAUGGGACUGCUGUGGAUUUAUGGAGCUCUGGUUGCAUACUAGCAGAACUUUAUGCCGGCAAGCCUAUAAUGCCAGGAAGAACAGAGGUUGAACAGCUUCAUAAGAUUUUCAAACUGUGUGGAUCACCUUCCGAGGAAUACUGGAGGAAAUCGAGGUUGCCACAUGCAACAAUUUUCAAGCCGCAACAACCUUAUAGGCGCUGUGUUGCAGAAACAUUUAAAGAGUUCCCCGUACCAGCACUAGCACUCAUAGAAACCUUGCUGUCCAUAGAUCCUGCUGAUCGUGGGUCCUCAGCCUCUGCCUUGAAGAGUGAGUUCUUUACAACAAAGCCACUUCCUUGUGAUCCUUCAAGCUUGCCAAAAUAUCCUCCGAGCAAGGAAUUUGAUGCAAAAGUGCGGGAUGAAGAAGCCCGAAGGCAAGCGGCUGCUGGAGCUAAGGGUCAUAGAUAUGAUUCAGAAAGGAGAGGAACAAGAGAUUCGCGUGCAGUUCCUGCACCCGAAGCCAAUGCUGAACUAGUUUCCUCUAUGCAGAAAAGACAAGGUCAAUCCAAUUCAAAAAGCAGAAGCGAGAUGUUUAACUCUCAUCCAGAAGAAGUUGCCUCCGGUUUUCCAAUUGACCCCCCUAGACCAUCUCAAGUUGUGGAAGAAGCAAGCAAUGAUCCUCACUCGGCACAGCUACACAAGCGAGGCUCCCAUUCCGGGCCAUUGUCUCACCGAGCUGCUUGGGCAAAAGCUGGAAAAAAUAUGGAUGAUGCCCCAAAACUAUCUGUAGCAGAUUUGUCAGCUAUGUCUGGGCUAGUAGCUGCAAGGAGAAGCAUGUUCUCUGAAGAUCGGUCAGAUAAGUCCGGUCCACACAAACAGGAGGUUCCUAAACUUAUAGCCAGGUUCCCUGGAUCCUUCAAAGAGGUUUCACAUUCCGCGAUGAAACAAGAGCAGAAAAAUCAUGCACUUGCCAACUCACAUCAAAACGAGGAUGGUAAAACCAGCAGCAACGAUCCUGUUCUUCUGGGAUAUGGAUCAAAAGGCAACAAAAUUCACUACUCCGGACCACUACUAGUUCCAUCAGGCAAAGUGGAUCAAGUACUGAAAGAUCACGAUCGCCACAUCCAAGAAGCUGUAAGACGAGCACGUUUGGACAAGGCAAAAGCAAAGAAAAUUCAGGUUGAAGGGAACAAAUUAACAGCCAAUUCAUUAUUUGUUUCUGGCCGUUGAAACUUCAACUGAGAGCAAAGCGGCCAAGAAAUAAGCGAAAAGAGAAGCCAGACUAUAGGAAAAUCAUAAGUAGUUAGUAUUAUCUUUGUAAAAUGAGUCAAUUUGAAAAGGGUGAGGGAGAGUUUGUACAGAGGUUGUUCAAGGAACUAUAGCGCCGGGUCUUUUUUUUAGCCAUUUGUAGAAGAAUUUAUUAGGAAAAAAUCUUCCUUGUUUUCUGCUAUUUAAACAAUGUAACUCUCUCUAGACAUUGUGUCAUUCUUGCAGCUAAGAUAUCUUGUGUCUCUGGGCAAGAAUGACCGGUUCAAAUACUCAAAAAUUCUUAUAUGUCCAAA